UACCCUCCUGCAAGUUCACUAUCUUUCUUUUUGUUUUAUUAUUCAAUGGAAAUAAGGAAAGACCAAUUACUCUCCUUCUAAGCAUUUUGAGUUUAUACUUUAAGAAAAUGGAAGCUGGGUUUUAAGUUACAGUUCCAUAUCAACAAGAGGGAAGUAGUUAUAAGGACAACAUGACUUCUGCAACUUUGGCCUCUGGUCCUGAACAAGCUUCAAACCAUGAUGAAUUCUUCAUGCACCAGACUCUACACUUCUCGGAUAAUUUAAGGGAUUUGAAGAAUCUGAGGAAACAAUUGUACUCAGCCGCAGAGUAUUUUGAAGCAUCUCAUGGCAAAGAGGAGCAAAAUCAGAUGGUUGUAGAUACAUUGAAAGAUUAUGUCAUCAAAGCUUUGGUAAACACAGUGGAUCACUUGGGGUCAGUAGCAUACAAGGUAAACUGUUUUCUGGAUGAGAAAGUUGGCGAAAUUUCUGAAAUGGAGCUUCAAUUAUCUUGUGGUGAACAGAGAAUAAAAGCAUGUGAAAAAUUUAUCAAGCAAGGUGGUCUUUAUCAGCAAUUUUUGGUAAUGGAAACCCCUAAGCACCAUAAGCGGUACAUAUUUACAGAUGUGGAAACCACAGAUGGAAUGGGUCUGAGCAGAUCUGAUUAUCAGUGCAGGAGCUUUAGUGCUGGAGAGUACUCACGUCGGUUUAGAAAUGCUAUUCGAGCAACGAUAAAAGAGUCUCCUUCAUAUAUUAGAGGAAGGUAUGGCAUGAUGCAGUCACCACAAUCUGUCUCAAGGCAAGGGAACUUUUUAUUCACAACGCUUUCACCCAAUAACAAAACAGAGAAACGAUCAACAUCUCCCUUCGGCCUGUCUCUCCUACGGUCUGGAUCUGCUCUAAAGAGAUCUAUUUCUCCAAAUCAUUCUAGAAAAAGGUACCCUUCAGAGCCUCAGAGAUCAGCUUCAUUGUCUACUCAUGCUGCAAGAGAAAGAGCAUCAAAUGACAUGGAACAGUACGCCAGCAAAAGCAAAAGGCUCUUUAAAGCCUUGCUCAGCAUGCGCACUUCUAGAAAGGAUGGCGCCUUAUACAAAUUCUUAGAUGAGAACUGAAAGGACAAUAGUUAGAAGACAUUGGGAAGAUAUAUACCUAUUCUGCAAUUCUUUUUGUCUACACAGCCUUUGAUUUAUCAAAUAAAAUUCUACAGUAAUUAUACAUUGUGAUACUUCAAACUUAUAUUAAAAGCAAACAAUGCAAAGAAACAUGAACUCUCUUGAACUUGUCUAUAUCAAGGAGGGUUCAUUUAUAUA